UCUUACCCAUCAUGCAUUGCGCUCGUCCUUAGUGUUAAAGAUGGCGUCGAGGGCACCAGCAGCGACAGGCAGGCUAAUGCUUGGAGUCCGCAAAUGGUAUUAUGGCAUGUGUGGCUUCAGCAAGCUUGGUUUAAUGCGUGAUGACACAAUCACUGAGGAUUCAGAUGUGAAAGAGGCCCUGAACAGGCUUCCAGAGAAAAUGCUCAACGAAAGGAUGUUCAGGAUCAAGAGAGCCCUGGAUCUUAACAUGAAGCAGCAGAUCCUCCCUAAAGAUCAGUGGAUGAAAUAUGAGGAGGAUAUCAGCUACCUGUCACCAUAUCUGAAUGAGGUGAUCCGUGAGCGUAAAGAAAGAGAAGAGUGGAUGAAGAAGUAAAUGGUUCCUGAUCAAAUUAUUAAUCCUCAUCUUGAAUCCAUGCAUGUUUGUCCCCUGGUGUAAUAUUUAAAAUGAAAUGCGACCUAUAUAAGACAGUGCCCAUUAAAGAAAUAUACAUUUUCAAA